AUGACAGAAGGCGAGGCGCUUACGGAAGGUUAUGGACACGCAAAGAAAAAACACGGUCAAUCCUGGCUCCAAUUAAAAAAGCGCUUCAGGCGAGAAGCUUUGUGGGGAUCGUCUCUUUAUUUCUGUGCUGAAGUCAUUGUGAAAGAUAUUUUCGAGUCUCCUGUGCGCUUGAGCUUGAACAAGUCAUUCAAUCGAGGCCAGGACAUAUACGAGCACAUGGAGCGGUUCACAACCAGCAACCCAUACGAAGCCGCCUUUGGGUACUCCCGAGCCAUUCGACGGGGGCCACACGUCUUCGUCUCCGGCACAACGUCCAUCGAUCCUACUACCGGCGCGGUCCUAUUCCCAGACUCCGCAUAUCUUCAGACUCAGCAGAUAUUCAAGGAGAUCAUACGCGCGUUGGAGGGUCUGGGUACUAGCAAAGACGACGUCGUCCGUCUGCGGAUCUUCGUGACCGAGCAGAGGGACGCUGGUGAGGUGGGUCGGGCGAUGAAGGAGGCGUUUGGGGACGUUGGGCCGGCCGCGACGAUGAUAGUGGGCGCACAGUUCGUUCGAGCAGAGAUGAAGGUCGAGAUUGAGGCCGACGCCAUCACUUUGUAG